AUGAAGACGGACGAGAACGAGCAGUACCACAGAAUGGUGUUUCCCAGCUCGUGCAGCACUGUCCUCAUGGUCGUCUUCUUCAUGAAACACUACGGAUUGCUUCCUAAUGUCAACUCCAAACAUUCCGGUUUGAACAAAAAUCUGACGUGUUCCAGCAGAUUUCCCAUUUUUCAGAUAAACUUGAACAGAAUUCAGCGACUUGGCCGAUGGCAGUUCAUGGCGAAGAAGGAUCUUUUGGAAUUCCGAAUGAAGGUGAUCCAGGCAUUAUAAUAAAAGAAAACAUUUGAUUUAAGAUGUCCGAAACUGGAAGACUAGUAACUCGUGUGAGAUCAGCGUUGGAACUCUGUUUUUACUUUUCGUCGAUUUCUACACUAACGUCAUUAAUGUUCGAGAGGACAAAUUGGACAUCAGAACUGGCAAAACUGUUCCGAAGACAAGAGCUGAAGUGGAAGAACACCGCGUCGUAAUUGUGGACGUGAUCGAUACGGAUAAUCCGGCUAAAAAUGUCUCCGUGUUCCAAGACUUUAAAGAUCACUACAAGUGAGAUUAACUGAGCUAUUGUAACGAAUUUUGAGCUCAUUAUAGCGAAGCAAUGGACUUCACCCGACGAUACGGCGCCGAUCAGACCAAAAAGAAUCUCCUCAACAUGAAGCUUCUCAAGCCGAAUUGGUUCAAGGAUGUCGGGUACUGAAUGAAAAAUCUUUAUUAACCGCCCAUAAUCUUCUGAACACCCAUAUGUUAUCUUUGAAACGGUUCCCGUCUUUUCAGUAUUUUCUUCUCAUCCCUAUUAAACUCCCUAACCGUAAUCCGAACCGACACGUCCCACUGA